UUUUAAGCUAGGAUAUUAAAAAAUAAAAAGAAAAAGCCUCUAACAUUAUCUAUAUCCCAACUAAAUAUUUUCACCCUCUGACCAUUUUAGACGUGGAAUAAUUUUUUUAAAAAAGUUAUCAAUACCAUCUAUAUAUAUUACUAAAUCUUUUUGUAAUACCAAUGUUGCCAAACUCCAAUCCAUAAUCCUCAAUCUUGAGCUCCGCCACCAAAACCUCCUCCGAUCCGCCACCGCAUGCUCCGGCGAGAUGAAGAAUCUUCCGAAGAAGAGUUUCAAUUACUGCGCUUUGUUCGUCUUCUUCUCUACCCUCCUCUGCAUCUCCCUUUGCCUCGCCAUGUCUAUCCAAAUCUCCCUCACCCAACCCCGCUUCUUCCUCCGACACGCCACACUCCACAAUUUCACCCUCACCGCCGGCGCCGGAAAAUUUCUCACCACCAAUAUCACCGUCGCCCUCGCCGCCCAAAUCCCGUACAGUCGCCGCGGCGUUUACUACGACCGCCUCGACGUCUACGCCGUGUACCGGGACCAGAAAAUCACGCUCCCCGCUCCCCUCCCGGCGUCUUAUCAAGCCUACAAAGACGACGUCGUUUGGUCGGCGUUUCUGAGUGGAAACUCCGUCCCGGUGGAGCCCGGCGCCGGAAAAAUGUUGCUGAAUAUCGUGGUUGAGGGUUGGAUUAGGAAGCAUUUUUGGAAUUUGGAGGUGGGUCCAUGUCGUUUGUCUGCGAAUUGCCCUGUAUUUUUGGAUUUUGGGUCGAGAAGUAUGGAGUCUUCUCCGGUGCAAAGCUGCCAUGUUGAGGUUCAUGAUUAUUAGUUUUCUGGUAUGGCUAUGUUUUGUGCAAGUCUACAAUAAUGGAGGGAGCUAGGAAAAGGUCCAAGACUCCAAGCAAGUUUCCUCAUUAUUUUUAAAAUUAAAACUUAAAUUGGCUUAUCGGCCAAUUUUGAUUUGUUUGACCACUAUAUGCUGUUUAAUUCAUUUAAACAGCCUAAGUGUUUGAUUAAUUAACUUUUUUUUUGUAAUAAUUCAUUGGGCAACUUUUCUAUA